AUGGAACAUUUUUCGAAAUUUCUUCCGCGAAACUCUAUUCGUAGUGAAAUGAAAGUAGUGAAAGAAAGAAAAAUACGUUAUGUUGUCCCAUUGAAAAUCGUAAGUUUCAAAACACCAAUGAAUCAAAUGGUUCUUAUUGCUUUAAAUCAAGAUACAAACCAGACGCAAAUCGCACAAAUAAAAGAUUCUAAUCAUGGUUAUUUAACUUUAACAUUAUUACCAGAAUCAAUACAGACAGUUGCUUACAAUGUUGCAACUACUGACUAG